UUCAAAUACUCAAUUAUUCGCUAGUUGCAUUCGUGUCGUCCAAGUUGUUUGAGUGGUGGAAUAAAUAAUUAGAAAGUGAUUUGUUUUGGUAUAAAUAUUUAAACUACGUUAAAUAAUUACUUGAAAAUGGGUUCCGGUAAACAGCAAAAAUUACAAUCAUCUGGAUUUACGAAGGAAGAAGAGCUGUUGCUCCAGGAUUUUAGUAGGAAUGUCAGUACAAAAUCUUCUGCCUUAUUUUACGGAAACGCUUUCAUCGUUUCGGCAAUUCCCAUCUGGCUAUUCUGGCGUGUCCACAACAUGGACUUAUUGCCGAGCGCAGUUUUCUUUGUUGUUAUGACUGCGGCCAGCACAUAUCUGAUGGCUAUGGCAUAUCGCAACAUAAAGUUUCAAUUAAAACAUAAGAUUGCUUUACGUCGAGAGGAUGCCGUUACGCGAGAGGUUAAUCGUCAGUUAGCUGAUGAUAAGAAAAUGACACGUAAAGAGAAAGACGAACGUAUCCUUUGGAAAAAGAAUGAAGUUGCUGACUAUGAAGCCACAACAUAUUCCAUUUUCUACAAUAAUGCGUUAUUCCUGGCUAUCACCAUAUUCGUUAGCUUCUUUUUAUUGAAGAAUUCAUCACCACUUUUAAAUUAUAUAUUCUCAAUUGGUUUAGGAAGUGGUGCAUUGGCACUUUUUUCCACAAGCACUCAAUCAAACUAAACUAGAAAAAACAUCUCUAAAACCAUUGUAUUGGAGGUUUUUGAAUCUAAUUUAAACAAAUCAUAAUUUAUAAUUUCCGCAUUCCAAAGCUGGAAUAUGUUUUCAUAAAUUUUUUUAAAUAAAAAUAGUAAAGUUUAUUCUAAGAAUAAACCGAAUAAAGUAAACAUUU